AUGUGUAUUUUCAGAGCUAAGACAGCGAGCUCGAGUUACACAACGAGCAAAACCGGAGGGGAUGAAGGCGACUGGUCGAUCUUGAGUCCAAGCUCACCAAUAUCAUCGGUCUUCUUUCGCGCUCGAGCGCUCCCCUUUGUGGAAGCCAACCCCCGGUUGAUACCGAUUUUGGACCGCCUGCAAUUCCCGAAUAUCCUAGCGACAGGACACACCAAACACCUGAAUGGAUACGCCAAGAGUCCCUGCCUAAUUGUGAAGUGGGCGAAGGCCUAG